GUUCAAGGGAUCCUCCCACCUCUGCCUUCUGAAUAGCUGGAACUACAGGCACGUGCCAUGGCCAGCCUUCACUAUUGAAACCCCUCUGCCCAGGAGAUCAGAGCCUCCUGCUUUUAGCCUUGUACUUGAGGGAAACUGAGGCCACGAUGAGGACAGGCUUGCUUAGGGUCACAUGACAAAUUAGUGCUAGAGUAGGGAGUGGCUCUCAGGACAUAGUUGGAUCCCCCUGUCUUUUUUUGCCCCCCUGCCCACCUCAAGUUCUUCCCCGGUGUGCCCAGAGUCCAUGGCCUGGCACCCAGUUCAGCCCAGGCGGAACCCAGGAGAGAAAUGAGCAGCGGUUGGUGGAAUGGACGCCGAGGCCCGGCAUUCUCAGCCCCGGCUCUUUGUCUGCUGCUUUGUGAUGGAGCUGGGCCAGGGACCCAUCCUCUGAACAAGAUCCUGGGCUUCCUUGGUCACAAAGCGGGUCGGGACCCAGAGAGCCCCCAACUCAGGAGCCGUGAAGCUGGCAACUGGGCCUCACACAUGCUGGGUUUCAGGUCUCUUUUAUAAGGAUGAAGCCCUCAUGAUCGAAUCACCUUUCAAAGCCCUUCUCAUUGCAGGGCCACUGGCCUGGAAAUGACCCAGCUGGAAGCUGUAACUGAAGCCUUUGGAGCCAGGCCUUGGAUCAGGACUCCAGGGUUCAUUAUGCUCCCCACCCCCAAAAUGCUCAUCAUUAGCUCUGCCUUCCAAUUCCGAGCUUUUGGAAUGCCUCCUGAGACUCCAUGCAAACAGCUUCAAGUGCAUUCAUUCUUUCAAGGAAACUGUCAUCAGCUGCAGGGCGCUGGUAAUCAGACCCAGGGCUUCCGCACUCCAGGCACGAGCCGAAGCAGUGCUGGUGCCGGCGACCGCGGCGAGGACGGUGACACGCGGGGAUGCCAGGCGCGGACCGCGGCGGGAAAGCGCGCCCAGGUGUGCCACAGACCACAACAUGGACAACACCACAGAGAUGCUGCAGGAGUGGCUGGCAGCCGUGGGCAAUGACUAUGCAACUGUGUUCUGGAGGCCCGAAGGGGAGUCCAGGCCCUACCCCAAUGAAGAGGGUCCCAAGCACUGGACCAAAGAAAGGCACCAGUUUCUGAUGGAGUUGAAGCAGGAAGUCCUGACUUUUGCCAGGAGCUGGGGCGCUGACUAUGUCCUGUUUGCAGACACAGACAACAUUCUGACCAACAGCCAGACACUGCGGCUUCUGGUGGAGAAGGGGCUGCCAGUGGUGGCCCCCAUGCUGGACUCCCAGACCUACUACUCCAACUUCUGGUGUGGGAUCACCCCCCAGGGCUACUACCGCCGCACAGCUGAAUACUUCCCCACCAAGAACCGCCAGCGCCGGGGCUGCUUCCGGGUCCCCAUGGUCCACUCUACCUUCCUGGUGUCCCUGCGGGCUGAGGGGACAUCCCAGCUUGCCUUCUACCCACCUCAUCCCAACUACACGUGGCCCUUCGAUGACAUCAUUGUCUUCGCCUAUGCCUGUCAGGCUGCUGGGGUCUCAGUCCACGUGUGCAAUGAGCAACGUUAUGGAUACAUGAACGUGGGGGUGAAAUCCCACCAGGGGCUGGAGGACGAGAAGGUCAACUUUAUCCACCUGAUCUUGGAAGCACUAGUGGAUGGGCCUCGCAUGCAGGCCUCAGCUCACGUGUCGCGGCCCCCGAAGAGGCCCAGCAAGAUGGGUUUUGAUGAGGUCUUUGUCAUCAGCCUGGCCCGCAGGCCCAACCGCCGUGAGCGCAUGCUGAGCUCGCUCUGGGAGAUGGAGAUCUCUGGGCGGAUGGUGGAUGCUGUGGAUGGCAGGCUGCUCAAUAGCAGUAUCCUGAGGAACCUUGGCGUGGACCUGCUUCCUGGCUACCAGGACCCCUACUCAGGUCGCACGCUGACCAAGGGUGAGGUGGGCUGCUUCCUUAGCCACUACUCCAUCUGGGAAGAGGUGGUGGCCAGGGGUUUGGCCCGGGUCCUGGUGUUCGAGGACGACGUGCGCUUUCAAAGCAACUUCCGGGGGCGACUGAAGCAGCUGAUGGAGGAGGUGGAGGCCCAGAAGCUUCCGUGGGACCUCAUCUACCUCGGCCGAAAGCAGGUGAACCCUGAAGAGGAAGUGGCUGUGGAGGGAGUGCCGGGCCUGGUGGUGGCCGGCUACUCCUAUUGGACACUGGCGUACACCCUGAGCCUGGCGGGUGCCCGCAAGCUGCUGGCCUCUCAGCCUCUGCGCCGCAUGCUGCCUGUGGAUGAGUUCCUGCCCAUCAUGUUUGACCAGCACCCCAAUGAGCAGUACAAGGCACACUUCUGGCCAAGGGACCUGCAGGCCUUCUCAGCCCAGCCCCUGCUUGCUGCCCCCACCCACUAUGCAGGGGAUGCUGAGUGGCUCAGUGACACAGAGACGUCCUCUCCUUGGGAUGAUGACAGUGGCUGCCUCAUCAGCUGGACUGGCUCUCAGAAGACCAUGCGUGACCCUGUCCUGGACCUGGCUGGCAGCAGUGGGCACAGCCUCCAUCCCCUUCCCCGAGAUGAGCUCUAGGUCGGAGCCAUGACUCUAAAGGAGCACAUUGGAGCAGAGGAUAUCGCUGGCAGGAACAGCCCCAAGAAGCCACAAAGCCGGAGAGACCUGGCUCUCCCCUUAGACUUGCCCACUCUGCCUCUGGACCAGUCUUAGGUUGGGAGAAACCACUCUGAAAUGGAUCACAGUCCCCAAAGGCCACUUGGUAAAAGGGUAGGACUCAGACUCCUAACCCUGCUGGGUCUACUCAGAGCCGAGGGUAGAGGGACAGAGGGGGCUCCUCAGCUUUCAUUUUCAGGCUGGGCAGACCCCUGGAGCCCUGCCCUCCCUAAGGACUCAGCCACUGGACCCCUCUGUCCCUUCGAGCUCCACCUCAGCAGCCUCCCCUGCUCAACGCCUGGUUCUCACCAGCAUCUUCUUUCCCAGCAAUGGGAAGUUCAGGGAGGUGAGAGGUAGAUCCUUGCAGACCUGACGUGCAGCCCACAGUAACCUCAAUAAAAGCCAGGUGUACUUGCACUU